CUUCUCUCUCUCUCUGUCUCUCUCAGUAGUUCUGUGUUCCUCUCCUCCCAGACCUAAUGGCUUCGAUCUGAUUAAACCCACCUCCAAAUCCCCUUCCUUGAUCACCCUCUUCACCAACCCAAUUCUGAACCUGUUCAGAUCGAGACCUCUUGGAGAAUCGGAGCUGCAGGUGGUAGCAAACUAGCAAUGUCGACUCCUGCGAGGAAGAGGCUGAUGAGAGACUUCAAGAGGCUGCAACAAGACCCACCUGCAGGGAUUAGUGGGGCGCCCCAAGAUAACAAUAUAAUGCUGUGGAAUGCUGUUAUAUUUGGUCCAGAUGAUACCCCUUGGGAUGGAGGCACGUUUAAGUUGACCCUUCAGUUUACAGAGGAUUACCCAAACAAACCACCGACAGUCCGAUUUGUUUCUCGAAUGUUUCAUCCAAAUAUUUAUGCAGAUGGAAGUAUUUGUUUGGAUAUUUUACAGAAUCAGUGGAGUCCUAUAUAUGAUGUGGCAGCUAUACUCACAUCUAUUCAGUCACUACUAUGUGAUCCCAACCCAAACUCUCCUGCUAAUUCAGAAGCUGCUCGCAUGUUUAGCGAGAACAAGCGUGAGUACAACCGAAGAGUGAGAGAAAUCGUGGAACAGAGUUGGACAGCAGACUAACUCCUUCACAUGGGAGCUUGUAGGACAGUCGGAAUUUGUUCAAAGGCAUUUUAUAAGUAGCAUUUCUAGCUACUGCGAGAAUCGUUAUGCCAACUUAUCAACAUUUAUCCUGUAUUUCAAUGUUUUAUUCCCAAAUUAUGACGCUUAGGAUUUGUUCUUCGAAGUAUACAGUUGUGAUGGUAUAUGUUGUAAAUUGUAAUUUCCAUCAAGGACGUUGAUGUAUGUGGAAAGGAUUGACCAUGGAUUAGCUGACAUAAGCUUUGAUGUUUAAGUAUGCUUUAACUCUUAA